GAAGGUGCUGAGUGGGUGUUGGGAUGCCCCAAGAGUGCUGUCGGCCUCCACGGGCCGGGGAUGGAUGCUGUGUGCGUAGAUGUCUUUUCAAGGAGCGCAGGAAACCCAUCUGUGGUCCUGGAGUGGAUCGGGAGGCUCUGCCUGACCGCACUGUCUCCUCCUCGGCUUAUGCAGACGAAGGAGCCUCGUCCCUUUCACUUAGCAGCUCUUCAAUAGCCGCCACAACAGCCAAGGUGAAGAAGCAGCUCCUGACGGUAGUGGUGGAAAAUGAUGAAUGGCGUGUCAACAACAAGUACGACCGCUCCCGCACUCCCCGCCCCGUGGAGGAGAUCAUCCGGCGUGCUGAGCAAUUGGUUGGCAAGGAGGUGUCAUAUAAUGUGCUUUUCAGCAACUGUGAGCACUUUGUGACAGAGCUCCGAUACGGAGAUGGAGUCUCCGACCAGGCCUUAAAUGUAAUAUUUGGCGCUAAUAGAGGUGUGAUCGGAAAUGCUCUACUUGCUGUUGCUGAUGCUGUUGGGAUAACAUCGGUCAUGAGCAAACCCAUGACAUAGUGCUACUGAUGGCUGUCAGGCAGAGCUCCGAGCAGGGCAGGAGGAUCUUCUGGAAGCUGCGGUCACUGCUCAGCUCUUGCUACUCGUGCCAGCAAGGGUUUCUAGCAAAUGUGCCACCCUUCCUGUAAACAUUAAAUAAUCUUUAAUUAAAUGCCUGAAAUCUAAACUCAUUUUUCCCUGAAAUUCUCUUUUAUUUAUUUGAAUAUAGUGUUGUUUGAAAGUUU